AUGGCGUCGACCCAGUGGGCGGUGGCCCUCCUGCUGGCCCUGACGGCGGCGCUCACCCAUGCCGAGCCCGCCCCCGAUGCCCUGGCCGAUCCUGACCCCACCAAGGGAGGAGGCGGCGGAAGGCGGCAGAGCUAUGGGCGCAUGAUGUACCGGCCCGUCAUGAUGAUGCGAAGCUACGGCGGCGGCGGCGGCGGCGGCAAGGGAGGCGGUUUUGGCGGAGGAAAGGGCGGAGGAAAGGGCGGAGGCUUCGGUGGAGGCUACGGAGGAGGAAGAGCGAGAACCUUCGGCGGAGGAAAAGGUGGAUUAUUCGGCGGAGGCAAAGGAGGUGGGAAAGGAGGUGGAUUCCGCGGUGGGUACGGAGGUGGAGGAGGCAAGGGCGGUGGAUUUGGAGGAGGCAAGGGUGGAGGAGGAGGAUAUGGAGGUGGAGGAGGCAAGGGCGGUGGAUUUGGAGGUGGUAAGGGUGGCCUAUUUGGAGGUGGAUUCGGUGGAGGCAAGGGAGGUGGAGGAGGAUACGGAGGAGGCGGUGGAGGUGGCAAGGGUGGAGGUGGUAAGGGAGGCCUAUUUGGAGGUGGAUUCGGUGGAGGCAAGGGAGGUGGAGGAGGAUACGGAGGGGGCGGUGGAGGUGGCAAGGGUGGAGGUGGCAAGGGUGGUGGUCUGUUUGGAGGUGGCAAGGGUGGUCUAUUUGGAGGUGGAUUCGGUGGAGGAAAAGGAGGUGAAAUCGUCCACUAA